CCGGGAGGGAAAGGCGUCCGGAGGGAAGGCCCGGGGCCGCUGUCGAGUUCCCAGAGGCCUGCCCUGUUCUGCCAGCCGCCCCGCCGCGGGCGAUGCUCGGAUGCCCCUGCUCCGUCUUCGCCAGCCGGAAACUUUGCCCGGAGAAGUCCUCCACCCUCCUGACCGCGUGGAGAGGCGCCUGGUGGGCCGCGCGCCCCCAGGGGCCCCGCAGCCCCGCGCGUGAUUGCGGGGGCCCCCAGGCGCCUGGCGCACGCCGCGACCCGCCGUGCGCGAGCGGCCGCCAGGAUGCGCUACGCGGACCCCUCGGCGAACCGGGAUUUGUUGGGGAACCGAACUUUGCUCUUCAUCUUCAUCUGCGCCUUCGCCUUGGUGACCUUGCUGCAACAGAUCUUGUAUGGCAGGAACUACAUCAAGAGAGGUCUCCAGUUUGGUUGGCAGAGUGGUGACCAGCUGGCCAAUUGGACGGGGCUCUUUAAUGUCAUGGACGACCCAGCAGUGCAGAGUGGCAGUGACUCCAGCUCCAGGUACUUUGAAUUUUACGAGGGCCCUUUUGAGUAUAACUCCACGAGAUGCCUGGAGCUGAGGCACGAGAUCUUGGAAGUGAAGGUGCUUUCCAUGGUGAAGCAGUUGGAGCUGUUCGACAGGUGGAAGAGCCUCCAGAUGUGCAAAUGGGCGAUGAACAUCUCUGAAGCCAACCAGUUCAAGUCCACUCUGUCCAGGUGCUGCAAUGCCCCCUCCUUCCUCUUCACCACCCAGAAGAACACGCCCCUGGGGACGAAACUCAAGUAUGAGGUGGACACCAGCGGCAUCUACCACAUCAACCGGGAGAUCUUCCACAUGUUUCCCAAGGACAUGCCGUACUACCGGUCCCAAUUUAAGAAAUGUGCCGUGGUGGGCAAUGGGGGCAUCCUAAAGAACAGCCGCUGCGGGAGGGAGAUCAACAGCGCCGACUUUGUCUUCCGGUGCAACCUACCCCCCAUCUCGGAGAAGUACACCAUGGAUGUAGGGGUGAAGACAGAUGUGGUCACGGUGAACCCCAGCAUCAUCACAGAGAGGUUCCACAAGCUGGAGAAGUGGCGGCGGCCCUUCUACCGGGUGCUGCAGGUGUACGAGAACGCGUCCGUGCUGCUGCCUGCAUUCUACAACACGCGCAACACCGACGUGUCCAUCCGCGUCAAGUACGUGCUGGACGACUUCGAGUCGCCGCAGGCCGUGUACUACUUCCACCCACAGUACCUGGUCAACGUGUCGCGCUACUGGCUUAGCCUCGGGGUGCGCGCCAAGCGCAUCAGCACCGGCCUCAUCCUGGUCACGGCGGCGCUGGAACUGUGCGAGGAGGUGCACCUGUUCGGCUUCUGGGCCUUCCCCAUGAACCCCUCGGGCCUCUACAUCACCCACCACUACUAUGACAACGUCAAGCCCCGCCCGGGCUUCCACGCCAUGCCCUCCGAGAUCUUCAACUUCCUGCACCUGCACAGCCGCGGCAUCCUGCGCGUGCACACGGGCACCUGCAACUGCUGCUGAGGGCGGCGCAGGCUGCCCGCCAGCCCGGCACACGGAACCUCGCUCCUCCUCGCCCGCCCACCCGCAGGGCAGGGCGAAGGCCUGGCGCUGAGGCUGGCACGCCCUCGGACGCUCGGCUUCGGGCUUGUGUCCUGUGGGCUGGGAGGCUGGGCUGGGGGCCAGGCGGAGUCAGCUCCAUGCCGAGCGCCCCCCACCUGCGCAUGGGUAGCGCACUGCUGGGCCACAGCUCAAGGUCGCGGCCCUGGGGAUUGCGAGUGAAUCAAGCACAUUUCCACUCAGUUUUAGCAACCAAGAGAGCACAAACUGUAUGGCCUCUUUGCAGCUAGAGGAAGGCCCCAGCGGGAACGGAAAAGAGGGAGACAGGACGUAUGAGCAUGGUUAAGAUUUAACUCAGGAUUUUGGGUUCCUGAGCCUUAUACCCAGGCCUCAGCCCUGAAUUGUUGUAGAGAACCUCAGAGCUUAGAGGCCAACCCAGCGGCCAGACCUUCCUGUGGGGACAGUGGCUCAGAGAGGUCCAGAGAUUACCAACCAAGGUUCCACCAACCAAGUCCAUCAAGCGGCACUGUGAGAUCUGAUGCAAGGCCUGUGUGUUCCGAUCUUCGCCGAGACACCGUCAGCCAAGGAGAGCCACACCCUUCAAACGCAUCCGCAGGCACACACAUAAGUCUUGGUGCCUCCGAGUUCAAUCCUGCAUUUGAUCUUCUGAUGAGAAGGAAAUAAACCAGACCAGCCAUUUGCACUAAGUUUUCCAAGCCAAUGUUACCGACUCAAUAAGUGCUUAGCGACUUGCUUCCUCUUCUGUCUCCCUAUCUUCAGCUCUGUUUUAACCAGGAGUUAUUUAUAAGAUCCAUCCCUCUGUGUGUUCCUGAAUACCGCACAAUCCUGCUGUAUAAUGUUCCUGAAUUGGAACCGUAAGGCUCCAGACUGGAAAACGCUGACAUGUGACUGGUGAGCUUAGCGAUGGAAGUGAGCCAUGGUCUCUGACACCAGCAUCACUGAGGUUCUACUGUAAAGGCGGGACUUCCCACAGCACUCAGCCUGGUGGCCUUCACACGCACGGACCCACAGGGCCUCUGCUUUGGGAAGUCAGCUGUACCUAGGCUAAAAGGGGUUCACAUGUCAUUUCACAUCCCUUUGCUUCCCCCGUGGUGUUUUGCCUUAGAAUUUUGCGUGGUAUGAAUUGCCUUAGAAUUUAGCUUUGUGGAAUCGUAGAGUAUUAGUUCUGAAAGACCUUCAGCUCCCUCCCUCCUCCCUCCUUCCCUCCCCCCUCCCUUCUUUGCUCUCACCCUUCUUCCCUUCCUCCUUUCUCCCCUCCUUCCCAUAAAUAUUUCCAGAA